GCGGCGUAGACAAAGGCGGGCGUGCGCACGCUGUGACGUAGGCCUGGGCCGGCGGCGGCGGCGACGGCGGGCAGGGCAGGGCAGGGCGGGAGCGGCAGUCGGCGAAGACUGGAGCCGAGCCUGACGGCCGCUCUGGCAGCAUGUAAACAACCUUUUGCCAAGAACCCAGGUCACUGCUGAGAAGGGUGCCUUAAGGGAGAAGAAUAUCAGAGGACACCAAUGCCAGGCGUGUCUGGAAUAGUGCUCGGUACAGGCAGCAUGAGACGUUCUGUGCCAGCCUCUGUUUAUUACUGGCAAAGGCUGGGGCUCUCCGGGUAGGAGGGUCCUGGGGCAGCCAGCACCAGGAGCCCCCCAAAGGGAACAUGGGACCAGCUAUGAACUCUUUACAGUGAACUCAGUUUUAGCUUAUGAAGGAAUUUUAAGUAAAAAUUACUUAAUUUUUGCAUACUGACAUUCAGAAGCCUUUGGUGUGAAGUGCCAGCAAUUGCCCUUGUCUACUGGAGUUAUCAGGAUUCUUCUGGCACCGAGGUGAACUCUUCUCGGUACUUCUGGCAAUACAGCCCUUUAGGACAAAUUCACCUGCUGAAUGCUUUGGAGCAGGAAAAAAAGUAAAACCUUGGAAGCAGCCCACAUAGCCGAACAGAAAGCUCACCCUUGCCGCUCACUUGCCCAGAAACAGUCCAGACUCGAAUGCUAUUCCUGAAGCCGUGUCCUGCCUCGUUCAGCACAGCUCUAUCUGUACCAGAGAGACCUGGAAUUCUGAGGUGCUCCUGUGGCCCUUCUGUACUACUAUUCGGCACCACAGCUCUGGAUUCAGGCAGUUGGAUGAUGUGAACUUUGAGAUGGAGUUUGUCACCCGUGGGGGACUGGCUUCCUUUCCAAGGCUUGUGCUGUCGGAAGGGAUCAUCUGAAGACGUGUUUGUGUGGAAACCAGCCUGACCUGCAUCCUCCACCAUGUUCCUGUUGCUGCCUUUUGAUAGCUUGAUUGUCAACCUUCUGGGCAUCUCCCUGACUGUCCUCUUCACUCUGCUACUUGUUUUCAUCAUAGUCCCUGCCAUUUUUGGAGUCUCCUUUGGUAUCCGAAAGCUCUACAUGAAAACAUUGUUAAAGAUCUUUGCGUGGGCCACCUUGAGAAUGGAGAGAGGAGCCAAGGAGAAGAACCACCAGCUUUACAAGCCCUACACCAACGGAAUCAUUGCAAAAGACCCCACUUCUCUGGAAGAAGAAAUCAAAGAAAUUCGUCGAAGUGGUAGUAACAAGGCUCUGGAUAAGACACCAGAGUUUGAGCUCUCUGACAUUUUCUACUUUUGCCGCAAAGGAAUGGAGACUAUUAUGGAUGACGAAGUGACAAAGAGAUUCUCCGCAGAGGAGUUGGAGUCCUGGAACUUGCUGAGCCGAACCAAUUACAAUUUCCAAUAUAUAAGCCUACGGCUUACCAUCCUCUGGGGCUUAGGAGUGCUGAUUCGGUAUUGCUUCCUUCUGCCACUCAGGAUUGCUCUGGCAUUCACAGGGAUUAGCCUCUUGGUAGUGGGUACUACCAUGGUUGGAUACCUGCCAAAUGGGAGGUUUAAGGAGUUUUUGAGUAAACAUGUCCAUUUAAUGUGCUACCGGAUCUGUGUGCGAGCCCUGACCGCCAUCAUUACCUACCACAACAGGAAAAACAGACCAAGAAAUGGUGGCAUCUGUGUGGCUAAUCAUACAUCUCCCAUUGAUGUGAUCAUCUUGGCCAGCGAUGGCUACUAUGCCAUGGUGGGACAGGUGCACGGGGGCCUUAUGGGUGUGAUUCAAAGAGCCAUGGUGAAAGCCUGCCCACAUGUCUGGUUUGAGCGUUCUGAAGUUAAAGAUCGCCACCUGGUGGCUAAGAGACUGACUGAGCACGUACAAGAUAAAAGUAAGCUGCCCAUCCUCAUCUUCCCAGAAGGAACCUGCAUCAAUAACACAUCAGUGAUGAUGUUCAAAAAGGGAAGCUUUGAAAUUGGAGCCACUGUUUACCCUGUUGCUAUCAAGUAUGACCCUCAGUUUGGCGAUGCCUUCUGGAAUAGCAGCAAGUAUGGGAUGGUGACGUACUUGCUGAGAAUGAUGACCAGUUGGGCCAUUGUCUGCAGUGUUUGGUACCUGCCGCCUAUGACCAGAGAGGAAGAUGAAGAUGCUGUGCAGUUUGCUAACAGGGUGAAGUCUGCCAUUGCCCGGCAAGGAGGACUGGUAGACCUUCUGUGGGAUGGUGGAUUGAAGAGAGAAAAGGUGAAGGACACAUUCAAGGAGGAGCAGCAGAAACUGUAUAGCAAGAUGAUUGUCGGUAACCACGAGGACCGGAGCCGGUCCUGAGGCUCGGCCUGGCACUGGCUGGAGCCGCCACCUCUCAAUCCUGACAAGUGAGCCAGCUGGAGUUGCUGCCACAACCUCUCCCACCAUCCCCGCCACCCACUGCUGCAUCUUCCAGACUCUGGCCCUCAGGCUGUUCUGGACUCCAGGACUCCUGAAUUCUUCAGAGCCCCAUGUACUGCCUGCUGCCCUCUACCCAGAAUGCUGCUGGCUGGGGCUCCCCGGGACAAACGCCUCUUGUUCCUUUAUAGUAAGCCUCUAAGAGGAAUGCCAUUAAAGCAGAUCUGUUGUGUGCUAGCUGGUGGGAAGGCGGGCCCCAUUCUUGCCAUGAGAGAAUGUUGGUGUUACUGUGUAGGGACAUCUACAUGCUGGGAAAAGUCAGAAGAGACACUGCCGAGGCAGGUGUCUAAACAGCCUCCAGCCUUGGAGCUUUUAGAUGGGACAGAAAGAAAGCUGUCUACAGGAGUGUUCAUUCCGUUCAGCAGAUGGAGUCCUACAUGCAUAAGUAAUGUGUUCCUGCUUACAAAGGUCACCAGAGGAGAUAGGAAGAAGCCGGUGGGCCCCUGGCCAGCUAGCUAGCCCCAGGAGUCUUUGAGUCAGACUCCAGGCUGAGCCUGAGUCCCCCACAUGACUUGUGUGUUUACUAUGUCUCAGUUUCCCUGUCUGUUACAUGGAAUUGCAGAGGGUGAUGAUAACCUACCUCACAGGGUUGUUGUGGGGGUUCCAGUGCUUGUAUAUGUGAAGGAAAUGGAUGCUGGUCCACAGGGAUGGCUUCAUAGAACAUGGCAGGACGAAAAGUCAGAGCUCACAGCUGCUGCCCAGGAUUUUAAACUUGUUUUGUGAGUAAAUAAAACUGGAUGGUAAAUGAAUUUAGGGACCUUGACUUCACUCCCGAGAAAUGUAUUUCUUGCUGGGUAACAACUGUGGUACUUGAAAAUGACCCUGGACGGCAGGGUCUGUACGUAACUCUGCAGUGAGGAUAGUACCGCUCAGGAAGGGCAGACUCUCGGGUGUUUCCACAUCUCCGUUUCUAGCUUUCUCCCAGAUGAGAGCCAUGAAAAACAGACCAUUGAUGAGGUUAGAGAGAGGCCCUGUCGGUGGCAUUCGGGAUCUGAGGGACUGGGGAAGGCUUGAGGAGGGAGCAGAAGUGGUGGGAAGAACUCAUGAGUUCGGCAGGAGGGGUGGGAACCAGCAUGCACCCAUGGCUGGAGGAGAAAUAACAGGCCUGCAAACCACCCAACAGCCACUGGGGACGGAUCCAGUCAGCCACUCCGUGGUUACUUCCGAGGUCCACCAACUCUUGAGUUCCUCCAAAGGAAGAUUACCCUCCUACCCACACGCCAUUGUUCCGCAAUGGCACAGUCACGGCACUUUUCACAGUGUUGUAGAUACCCCAAGUCUGGGAUGCGAGGCCGUUCUAGAGGGCAGCCUGGCUCCCAAGGCUGUGAACUGAUGCCACUCGGAUGCUUGAGGACCUUCCUACCUUCCUGCCACCUACAGCCUCCCGUUCCCUCCUGCCUGCUCCGUUCCCAGUGGAAAACACUUCAAAUAAAAACACCCACGACUGUAAGAACAGCCUCUUGGGAGCUAUUUUACAAAUGUUCAAAACUGAAAAGCGGGUUUUGGCUUAUGUAGUAUUUCAGUGCUGUCCUUUAAAACGGUCUAGGGUCAGGCAUCCUUUGAAACUGCUGCUCCUGGUUUGACCUCGCAGUCCGUGUGGGGAGUUUUCACUUGGCUCACUUCCCCCUCACCCAUGACACAGCAGGUACCAGUGAGGAGACGUGUGUGCAUCUUUCCUCAGCACUUGCUCCAGGCACUGCUCUGCUGCUGACCAUUUGUGACUGGGUCCUGCAGGUUCCCAGUUACCUGCCAGCCAGAGGUUUGGUGUGGGGUUGGCCUUACGUGAUACAAACUAGGCCCCAAGGACAGCCUGAAUACUCGAGAGCUUCCGUCCCACUUGUCAGUCUGCUGCCCCCGUGCUGUAUUGUCUUCAUUUCUCUAUUUCCUGACUUAAAUUUGGUGACUUCUGAGGCCUUAAACACCUCCGACAUCUCAGUAGGUGUAUGUGUGUGUACCUGUGUGUCUAUGUCUAUGUGGGUGGGUACAUUGUGUGGUGGUGCAUGGGGAGGCCGGAGGACAGCCUCAGCUACCGCUUCCUCAGUCAGGCCUCGCCUUGUUUUCGAGACAGGGUCUCACUGGCCUAGGCUGAUUGGCCAGUGAGUCUCCGGUCUACUUGCCCAGCACUGCGGUUGAAAGUAGAAGCCAUCUUCUUGGCUUUUUUUUUUUUUUUUUUUUUAAACAUUAGUUCUGGGAGCUCAAACUCAGGUCUUCAUGCUUGCAGUGCAAGUGCUUUAUUGACUGAGCUCUUGUUCCAGUUCCAUCAAAAGCCCGUUGCUCACAGGUGAGCUCUGAGCCCUCAGAUUGUGUGGGUCCAUUUUGAGCUACUGGCUCCUCCCUGCAAACCCAGCUUGGGAAGCUAACCACUGCCCUUGUCCUUGGGGAUUUGUGCUGUCCCCAGACCUGCUGGGUAGCUGGGACUGUGGAUCGUACACAAUUUCCACUCAGACAUGACUUUUUACCAGCUAGUUAAAAGAGCUUUCUAGUUAGGCUAGUAAAAUCCCCCAGAUACUAGGAAGCUCAGUAGAAGGAUGUCAGGCUGGCCAGGCCCCCAUGAGCAAAGCUUGAUGGGAGCUGUUUUCCAUCAGCACCGCUCUCUGUUGGUACCCUUCAGAGAUGAAAGAAACCUUGAUGUGUGAGAGAUGGUGGCCAGGACAGCAGCAAGGGGCUUUUAGAUGCUGAAAGGCUUGUCAGUGGGCACUAACCAAUUCCUUGUGGCAGUCUGGGCCUAUAAACCCUGCGGCUUCCUUCUAGAAUUGACCAAAUUCCUACUGUCUGGGUUGGUGUGUACUGAUGGCCCCUGAUGUUUGAAAGAUGCUACCAUGUUGCUGCAGGUACCAUCCACCUGCUUGUCCAUCUUAGUUACCAGACUCAGUUUCUCCAGGUACACCAUCCUGUGUGGCCUGGGAUAUCCCAACUCCUGCACACAGACUCUUGGAGAGGCUAAGAGAUGACCAUCUAGCCAUCCAUCUUUCAUGGCACUCACUCCCCUCUCCCCCCAGUCAAUAUGUCUCUCUCCGAUGGGAAAGUUAAUAAAUUUUGCUCUAGAUUAAAAGUAUUGAUUAUUUCAUUUGUAAACAAUAAAUAAAAAGGAGGAACUUUUCACUGCACCAGGGCAAGCGUCUGGUGUAUUUUGCUGGUGAAAUUUUGCUCGCUGUUGGGGGGGAGGUGGGCUUCUCAUAUGCAUUCCGUCCGGCCAGCAGCAUUGAUUUCCUAUUAGUUUCCCAGCACCACCCAGUAACACAUCAUUUCAGUACCUGCUAUUAAUGGUCUUUUGAUAAAUAAUCACUUGUAAGUCAAUAAAUUUUUAUUAAACACUGUA